AUGUUUCAUACCAACCUUUUUUGUGGUUUCUUACUGAGUCACUGCACAGAUGCAAACUUUGGGGGUUGGCCUCCCCAGCACUACACAAGUAGCCUAUGCCACAGACAUUCCUAUCAGAGAGGAAAAGAAUUAGCAAGAAGCAUGAUGAGGAGCCUUUCCCUGCUUCUGUUGGUUGCAUUAACAGUCUUGGGAGGAAGUACAGAGGGCACUGAGAGUCAUAAACGAGCUAAACAGGAAUCCUUAUCACGUUCCAAAAGAAGAUGGGUUCUGUCUACCAUAGAACUGCAAGAGGAAAUGGACGUGAAAUACCCAUACAAAAUUUCUACGAUGCACAAUCUUAAGACAGUAGAAAAAGAAUAUUUGUUUGAAAUAAAAGGAGAUGGUGUGGACGAAGGACUGUUUAGCAUUGAUGAAACAACUGGAGAAGUCUAUGUACAUAAGCCCCUUGACAGGGAACAGAAGGAGUCCUAUCAUAUCACAUUUAAUAUCCUGGAUAAAUUUACAAGGGAUCCAAUUGACCGAGAUCUAUCUUUUGAUGUGGAAGUACAAGACAUAAAUGAUAACCCACCGAGGUUCACUAAUCAGCUUCAGAAAAGUUACGAUGUGAAAGAAAAUACGAAAGAAGGAGAGUAUCUGCCAGUGUCCAUGGACAUUGUAGACAACGAUAAGCCAGGCACAAUUAACUCAACAGUCGUGGUCACUGUGGGUAAACAAACCCCAGCUGAACCAAAAAUUGGAAUAAAAAGUGUUAAUGGCAAACUACAUCAACUCAUAGCUGAAGAAUGCUUUGACUAUGAUAAAGAAAAACACUUUGUUAUUGUUAUUACUGCAUCUGAUCAUGGAAAACCACCAGCUUCCACAACUGAAGUUGUUGAACUCAAUAUUAUUGACACAAACAGUCAUCCACCCAAAUUCAAGAAGAGAGAGUAUGAAGCUCAGGCUAACGAAAUGCAAACCAAUGAAGAAAUUUUAAGAGUUGGAGUAGAUGAUGAGGACACUCCCAACACUGACGGCUGGAGAGCCAAGUACUCCUUUAUCAGCGGCAAUGAAGAUGGAACAUACAAUAUUACCACUGACCCUAUAACAAACGAGGGGAUUAUUGGUGUUGCCAAGGGGAAGAAUUUUGACAUAAAUACUUUGGUAAAACUGCAACUCAGAGUUGAGAAUAUUGAACCUUUAAAAGUCUGUAAAGAUGGAAAAUUAAUUGAAGAUCUAAGCAACCUUCCACCAAAAGAUUCUGUCAGCAUCACAGUGAAAAUGAUUGACACUAAUGACCCUCCGGUGUUCGAAAAAAUUACAGCUGAGGUAUAUCACACAGAGGAAUCAGAGGAAGGACAGGUGCUGUAUACUCCUGUGGUUAAAGAUGUUGACUCGAAUAACAUCAGGUUUGAACUGUUAGAAGACCCUGCUGAAUGGGUGACUAUCGAUGAAAAGACAGGAAAAAUCACAACAAUCGAAAAGAUGGAUAGAGAGUCACCUUAUGUAGAUGAGGACGAUAUUUACAGAAUUGUUAUUGCUGCCAUUGAUGAUGGUUCACCUCCAGCCACAAGUACAUGCACAGUCAGUGUCCACCUCAGGGAUAUCAAUGACAACACUCCUACGCUGCUCAACAAUACUGUCAUUUUGUGUUCAAACGAAGCUAACAAGGUCAUGGUGCGUGCUAAAGAUGCUGAUGCUGAUCCUUACAGUGGCCCCUUCAGUUUCUCCUUGGCAGAUGAUAAAACUGCCACAGAACGCUGGAAAAUAGAUCCUACCUACGGUGAAGAGGUUGGCAUUGUUUUGCUGAAGAAAUCUCACUAUGGUAAAUACUCUGUACCAAUACUGAUUCGGGACAAACAGAGUCAAGUUAAGGAGGAGAAAUUAUACAUUGAGGUGUGUGAGUGUGUCCAACCUGGUGUUUGCCCAAAGAUCUUGUCAAUAGGCCUUGGUCACGCUGCCAUAGGAACAAUUUGUGCAGGACUGCUUCCAUUUCUAUUAUUGCUCCUUCUUCUCAACUGCAAGGAACAACACUAUGAGAAAUAUAUAAAGAGUGGAAAAUACACUCAGACAGUGAUGAAUUACAAACAAGAAGGACCGGGUACUGAAUGCAAUGAUGCGUUAAAAAUCAUGCAAUCAAAGAAUAUGGAGAGUAAUCCAGACAGCACCAAGCUGAGCCAUACACAGAUUGAAUCCAACAUGAACCUAACAGAGUCUCAGCCUCUUGUUCACUUCCAACAAAUGAAUAAGGAGGAUUACACAAUGAACUCCAACAUGAAGCACCUUAGUCUCAUCCAAAGAAGCAAAAGGGUGGGUCAUGUGAAUGCAUAUCAGCAUCUGAGAGGCAUGACUACAAAUACCAGACGCUCAACAGUGUCAUCCAACAUGAGGAGCACAGUUCAGAGCUUCCCCUUCAACCAUUCUAUGAGAACCUGGUCAGAUAAUCUUACUAACAGUGAUUUUCAGAGGUCUCUUUCAGAGAUUUGUGAUGAUGAAGAAAAUGGAUCAAAUGACAACAUCAAGAUUUAUGAUUAUGAGGGGAGUGAGAGAAGUUCUGCGUCACAGUAUUCGCUGUUUCCUGACGACCAAGAUUUAAGCUUCUUGAAUGAUCUCGGACCAGAGUUCAACACCUUGGAAAAGAUCAUUACAGAAAACAAGCAGAGAAGUCUGUAAUUUAAUACAAGCUAACCUCUAGUUUGGUAUUAAAGAGUUGCAAGUGGACUUUUUGAUAAGUGUAUGAACAGAAUAGUUAGAUUUUGUACAUAAUGUAUAUAUACAGAUCAUGCACCUUUAAAGUCAAGUACUACACAUUUAAAGUUAUCCACCACACAUAGAUUGUGUGUAAAAACAGCUGCAGUAUGAAACAGGUCAUGCUCUGUUGAUUAUGAAAAGUUGCUCUUUAUUAGAAAUUGAAUGUACUUAUUUGUGUCUUACUUUGCUGAACGGGCAGAAUUAGUUCUAUUAUUAUUAUGGAUAACGUUUCAGUUCUGGUGCUUUGAAUGUCUUUUUUUCCCAACUACAGGUACACUUGUGGACCCAAGGAUUUAUUUAUUUUUUUAAUAACGUGUACAGUGUAUUAAGCUUUUAUUUGUUAAUGUUCUGGGUGUCUUCAUCUGGUGAGACUGAAAAGACACCUAGAUUGAGAAACUGACUUUCAGUUUGUACAUGUAAGUCAUAUUUUUAAUAGUCUUUUCUGGGAAUGCUGAACGGAUGUUGCUGAAAGUUUGACUUGAGACGUCAACAAUAUAAUGGGCUGCUAAGCCACGAAGAGUUCAAUAUUUAAUGUGUAGUACCAGGCAGAAGAAGCUUAAAAAAGUAGAGCCUUCUUAUUGUGUGGUUGGGUAGACAGAAAAUUGACAUGUUACAGUUCUGUUAGUUCACAAUAAACAACUUGUCAAACA